AUGUCGACGUCGUCGGUGCCGGUAGCUUACCAGGGAAACACGUCGGCGGCGGUGAAGGAUUGGCUGAACAAGGGGGACAAUGCGUGGCAGAUGGUGUCGGCGACGCUGGUGGGGCUGCAGAGCGUGCCGGGGCUGGUGAUCCUCUACGGCAGCAUCGUGAAGAAGAAGUGGGCGGUCAACUCAGCGUUCAUGGCGCUGUACGCCUUCGCCGCCGUGUGGAUCUGCUGGGUCGUCUGGGCCUACAACAUGUCCUUCGGCGACAAGCUCCUGCCUUUCUGGGGGAAGGCCAAGCCGGCGCUCGGCCAGAAGUUGCUCAUCGAGCAGGCGGCUUUGCCGGCCACCGCCCAUUACUACCACUCCGGCCAGGUCGAGACGCCUAUGGCCAUGCCGUACUAUCCCAUGGCCUCCAUGGUCUACUUCCAGUGCGUGUUCGCGGGGAUCACCGUCGUCAUCCUCGCCGGAUCCCUCCUCGGGCGGAUGAGCAUCAAGGCGUGGAUGCUCUUCGUCCCCCUGUGGCUCACCUUCUCCUACACCGUCGGCGCCUUCUCCCUCUGGGGCGGCGGCUUCCUCUUCCAGUGGGGCGUCAUCGACUACUCCGGCGGAUACGUCAUCCACUUGUCCUCCGGCAUCGCCGGCCUCACCUCUGCAUAUUGGGUCGGGCCGAGAUCGGUGGGCGACCGCGAGAGGUUCCCGCCCAACAACGUGCUGCUGGUGUUGGCCGGCGCUGGGCUGCUGUGGCUCGGGUGGACGGGGUUCAACGGCGGCGACCCCUACGCGGCCAACAUCGACUCUUCCAUGGCGGUGCUCAACACCCAUAUCUGCGCGUCGAUGAGCCUCCUUAUCUGGACGACGCUCGACGUGAUCUUCUUCAAGAAGCCGUCCGUCAUCGGCGCCGUGCAAGGGAUGAUCACCGGCCUCGUCUGCAUCACUCCCGGUGCAGGACUGGUCCAAGGGUGGGCGGCCAUGGUGAUGGGCAUCCUAUCCGGCAGCAUCCCCUGGUUCACCAUGAUGGUGCUGCACCGCCGGUGGUCCUUCCUCAGCAACAUCGACGACACCCUCGGCGUCUUCCACACCCACGCCGUCGCCGGCCUGCUCGGCGGCGCCACCACCGGCCUCUUCGCGGAGCCCGUCCUCUGCAACCUCUUCCUCCCCGUCACCAACUCCCGCGGCGGCGUCUACGGCGGCGUCGGCGGGGUCCAGCUCCUCAAGCAGCUCGCCGGUGCCGCCUUCAUCGUCGCCUGGAACGCCGUCGUCACUUCCCUCAUCUGCCUCCUCAUUCUCCUCGUCAUGCCGCUGCGCAUGUCCCACGAGCAGAUGCAGAUCGGCGACGACGAGGUGCACGGCGAGGAGGCCUACGCGCUCUGGGGCGACGGCGAGAAGUACGACGUGGCCGGGCACUUGCUGAGGUUCUCCGACGACGUGGAGCUGCAGCAGCCCCACGCUGCUACCGGCGUCACACAGAAUGUUUAGAUUAUCUUUUUGGCUUUUUUCCAUUUGUUCCCUUAUUCCACAAGAUUAACCAACCAAAGAAAAUGAAUAUGAUUUUGUAUAA